CAGACGCCUACGUUCCGACGCCGAGUUAUUGACUCGUUUUACCGUAACACCGUCUGGCGAGUGUGACUUCCAUUUUUGUUUGUGAAUUUCUCUCUUUGUAACAUUCAUUGUUAUUCUAUUAAAUUAGUCUUAAAAACACUUUAUUGAAAUUGUUGAUUUCAGUUGACUUGAUUACCGUUUUAUUUGCAUUACUUUUUCUGAUUUUGUUCGUAUUACGAAUUUCCACAUCAAUCAUGGGAUCUGACGAACCAGAACAAUACAGAAAAUUAUUCAUUGGUGGUUUAAACUACACCACAACUAAUGAUUCACUUAAAGAAUUUUUUGAGCAAUGGGGUGAAAUUGUAGAUGUUGUCGUCAUGAAAGACCCUCAAACCAAAAGAUCCAGAGGAUUUGGGUUUAUCACUUAUUCUCAAUCUUCUAUGGUUGAUCAAGCCAUGUCAAACAGGCCACAUAAAAUAGAUGGUCGUGAAGUGGAAACUAAACGAGCUGUACCACGUGACGAUAUUGAUAAACCAGAUAUCGCAGCUACUGUGAAAAAAAUGUUCGUUUCUGGUAUAAAAGAACAAUCAGAAAAUGAUCUUCUUGAAUAUUUUGGAAAAUUUGGCAAUAUCACAAAUGUAACAAUAGUAACAGAUAAAGAUUCUGGUCAAAGAAAAGGAUUUGGAUUUAUUGAGUAUGAUGAUACCGAUUCAGUUGACAAAGCUGUUUUGAUCAAAAGUCACCAAGUUGCUGGUGGAAAAUUGGAUGUGAAAAAAGCAAUUAGCCGUAGUGAUGGCGCUGGUGGCGGUCGAGGUGGACGUGGUGGUCGUGGCGGUGGCGGAGGAGGUGGUGGUAAUAGAAGUAGCUGGGGAGGAAAUCCGCGAAACGAACAAUGGGGAGGACAUCAUAACAGAUCAAAUGGCGGAGGUGGAGGAUAUGGAAAUUCUGGAAUGGGAGGAGGAUAUGGCUCUGGCGGAGGUGGUGGCGGGUAUGGCGGAAGUGCAGGUGGGUACAACUCCAAUUCUGGUGGAGCCUGGCAAGGUGGCGGCGGUGCUCCUCAAAGUUGGGGUAACAAUAAUCCAGCAUGGGGCAACCAAGGAGGCGGCGGUGAUAGCUGGGGAGGUUCUCAACAACCCAGUAACAACUGGGGUCCAAAUCAAAGUUAUGGCGGUGGUGGUGGUGGACCAAUGAGGUCAAAUUAUACCUCUAAUAACCGUGCUACACCUUAUGGAAACCCAGGUAGAGCUGGUAAUGUAAAUGCAGGUAAUGCUGGCUAUGGUCAAAAUCCUGGUCGACGGUACUAACACAUCACUUUCAACUAAAGGCAGGAUCCGAGGAGGCAGUCUGUUAGGCAGUAUAAACAAAAAUAGGAAACUCGUACCGGUUAUUUCUAUGUAUUAUUUAAAACCGUUCAUGAGUUGGGUAAUAAUGACACAAGAGCCAGUCAUUUGAAAUACAUUCUCAUCCUCGUCUACUGCACAUUCAAUUUAUUAAAUUUAUCUAAUAAGUACAAUAAUGACGUGUUUUGUAUUGGUAAUAUACUUUUUAUAUUUCUCAACUAUAUCUUUCUUUUGUAUUUUUUAAUUGAAGCUUACCUAAGUAUUUGACAUAUUUUCAACAAUUUUGUAUAUGAGGAAAUUGUGUAUCCACAAUUUUUUUAUUAUGACAGUAAAUUAGGAUAUAGGUUACUUAAUAUUAUAAAUAAUUUCAUUACUGUUAGUCUUAAUAAAUAUGUAGUUAAUUCAGAAUGAUUGAUUUGGAUUUUAACUAGUCUUUUGAUUCAUACAAAUUAAAAGGUUAUUAGCAUUUUUAUUUAUACUUAAUUAUUUUAAAUGGACUUAUUCAAUAGCAUUGUUAUUAUUUUUUCUUGCAAUAAAGAUUACAAUCUCAACAAUAAA